UGGAAAUAUUAACUGUCGACAUGAGGAUAGUGCUUUUGUGUUUUUUGGCACUCCUAGUGGCCGCUGUUGCCGCGAAUGGUAGAGGCUAUUACCAGGCGACAUAUACCGUCAAUCCGAUCAGUUGGAGCGGAAGCAAAUGGAGUGCAUCAUAUUCUUCCCCGGUUCAGACCUUCUACACCAGUAGUGGAAUUGCUGGAAAUGCCGCUGUCGCAGGAAGCGGAAGUGGGUUGUUCCAGAAUGGUGCGGCAUCCUACAUGGGAUACGGACGUGGGUCAAGCUGGAACAAUGCUGCAAGUGGAUUUGAUUCAACCCUUUACAGUGGUGGCAAGUGGAGUGGAUCGAAUGGUCUCUACAGUGGAUAUGGAUCUGGAGGCCUAGAUUUUUAUUGGAACUGGCGAAAGGGUGGAUUCGUUGGAGCAAAACAUAAUGUUUCGCCUUACUCCGGAGGCUACCUACAAUCUGGUAGUGGCUCAGCAGGAAGUGGUUUUGGAGCCGGUGCCGGUGCUGGUGGCUUAGCUAGUUCGGGAUUAGGCGCAGGAGGAUCCGCAAGCGGACUGGGAACCGCAGGCUUCGGUAUCGGCGCUGGAAAAGGAUACAGCACAGUUGGAAGUUUCGGUCUUGGAGCCGCAAAAGGGUACAGCACAGUUGGAGGUUUCAGACUUGGAGCUGGAAAAGGGUACAGCACAAUCGCCGGAAACGUGUUUGGCCUUGGAAGCGGUAAGUACGGAACUAGUGGCUCAUACGGUCUCUACGGACGUGGCUCCAGUUGGAACACUGGCUCCAUAUUCGCUCCAGGUGGAGUGAAACCAAUGUAUGCUAGUAGUGCUUCUAUUUAUGGUGGAGGCCAACCAAUUUCCGGAUCAGCUCAGCUUAGUCAACCUAUCAUCCCAAGCAUAUCCAGCCUUUAUAGUGAUAGCAAAUGGAGUAACCGAGGAGUGUAUUCAGGCUAUGGAGGUGGACUCGACUACUACUGGAAAUGGCGGAACAAUGGAUUCCACGGUGCUGAAGGAUCUCCGGCAGGCGCUUACAGUGGUUUCAUUUCUGGUUCUUCAUCUGGCUCAGGCUUGGGAGCAGGAAUUACUUUAGGCUCCGGUAUUGGUUCCAGUAGUGGAGCUGGAUUUGGAAAAGGAAGUGGAGCUGGUUUUGGAGGUGGAAUUGGAUUUGGAAGUGGAUCUGGCUUUGGAGGAGGAUCAGCAUUUGGAAGUGCGGGCGGGCUUGGAAGUGGAUCAGGAUUUGGAAGUGGAUCUGGAUUUGGAAGCGGAGGUGGAUUCGGCGGAGGAUCUGGAUUUGGAGGAGGAGCUGGACUUGGAAGUGGAGCUGGAUUCCAAAGUGGAACCAAAUACGGAGGAGGAGUGGGUGGUGGAUUUGGAAGCGGAGCAGGAUUUGGAAGUGGAGCCGCUCUAGGAGCUGCGUCCGGAUUUGGAACAGGCGCUGGACUCAGUACUGUACCAGGAGUCGGAGUUGUAUCAGCCGCUCCAGUCGGACCUGGAUCAGGAUCCGGAUCAUACGUUUAUUCCAAAUGGAAUGCAGCAAGUACACCAGUAGCUGGAUCCAGCUUUUUCAACGUAUAUGGUACAAAAUUGAGUGGUGCAACUGUACCAGCCGUAGGUACCGAAGGAUAUGGAACAUACAUAGUAGGAAAAUACCAGAGUCGACCUUCUAGCACUUCUGGCAUAUUCCCCAUGUACAGUCAAAGUAAGUGGACAGCAGAUAACAGUGGACGUAAAACUGGAUAUUAUGCAGGAUAUGCUCAAAGCUAUCGACCUGGAUAUGCUGCCACUCUGACAUCUAUCAGACCAAGUUAUGCUGGAUCAAAGUUCUCGGCAACUCAAAGUGGAUCCACUCAAUUUAGCUCUGCCUCUUUCCCUAGCACAUCAGGGGUUAUUGGUAGCGCUGGAUUCUCUUCCAACCUUUACAACGGCGCAAAAUGGAACACCGGUGGAGUAUAUUCCGGAUAUGGAGAUGGGCUCGAGUCAUACUGGAGAUGGCGUAAAAAUGGUUUCCACGGGGCCGAUGCUGUUCCCUCAGGCUCUUACAGUGGAUAUAGUACAAUCUACAGCAACAAAUACAGCAGUUCCAGUGGAAGCGGUAUAGCAGGAAGUGGAUUAGCAGGUAGUGGGUUCGGUGCUAUUGGAGGUGCAGGAUUAACUGGAUCCUCGUAUUUGACUGGUAGUGGAUCUAAAGGAAGUGGAAUUUAUGUCCAAAGGCCAAGCAUACCUCUAGGCAGUGGAAUCGCUGUUGGUGGACUUUCAGGAAGCGGAAGUGCUAGUGGGUUAUCCGGAAUUGGGGGCUCCUACUCACAAGGUGUAAGUCGACCUGCAGGCAGUGGCAUUGCCGUCGGAGGACUUCUUGGAGGCGGAAGUUUGAGUGGCAGCGGACAAAUUGGAAGCGGGAGCGGUAGUGGUCGCCCAGCGAGCGGUGGAAUUGCUGUAGGUGGACUUUCUGGAAGUGGCAUUGCCGGUAGUGGAUCAUCAAGUAGCAUCCUUUCUCUAACCGGAAGUAAACCUUUCGGUAGUGGUGUCGCCGUUGGUGGGCUACUUGCGGGUGGAAGCUUAGGCGGAAGUGGCCAAUCUGGAAGUGGAACCUUUUACGGAUAUGGUGUACGUCGACCUGUAGGCAGUGGAAUUGCUGUUGGAGGACUUUAUGGAAGCGGAAGUUCAAUCGGAGGUGGAAGUUCAAUUGGCAGCGGACAAACAGGAAGUGGAAGCUUGGCUGGAACUGGAUCAUCUGGAAGUGGAGACUAUUACUUGCAAGGUAUAGGUCGUCCAACAAGUACCGGAUUAUCAGGUUCUAGUCUAAUCGGCAGUGGAUUAUAUGGAAGCGGAGGAUCAUAUGGUAGUGGAUUAUUUGGAAGUGGAAGCUCAUCGGGAGGUUUUACCCAAAGCAUAAGUAAACCUAUUGGCACUGGAAUUGCUGUCGGUGGACUUGGCGGAAGUGGACUUGCCGGAGGUGAACUCACUGGUAGUGGAAUCGCAGGCAGUGGAUUGGCUGGAAAUGCUGGCUUAAGCGGCAGUGGAUUGAGUGGAAUCGGAAGUGGUGUUGGAAACCUUGCUAUAUACUCAUCAAAAUGGAGUCCAUUAUUAGCUCAAUCAGGAGGAACUCUAACGGGUUCAUUAAGCAGAUACGAUGCAACACGAAGACCUGGAUAUGCAGGAAACUACAUAUCGUCUAAAUAUAGCACUGCUACAACCCCUUCAGUCGGAGCAAGUGUUUUUGGAAUUAAACCGAGUGGUGGCCUUUCUUUAGAUGGCGGAUUCUCAUCCAAAUAUACAGGCACUAUUUCACCAGUUAUUCCAAGUGGAGCUUAUGUCACAGUAAGUAAAUUUGCAUCCCGCCCAUAUUCCAUGUCACCUGGGAUUCCAAUGUAUAGCCAAAGUAAAUGGAAUGCUGGUGGCGGAUAUUUAACCGGAUAUGGUCAAGCCAGCGGCUCUCAAUAUUACCCAUCGAAUUAUAAACAAGGAUACAUUGCCACUCUAGCCUCAUUCAAACCUGGAUAUUCCGGAUCUAAGUUCUCCACAAUAAAAGGUGGCUCAGCUAAUUUGAGCCCCGCUAUAUUCCCAAGCACUACGGGAACCGUAGGUACUGCCGGUUUCUCAUCAAACCUUUAUAAUAAUCCCAAAUGGAGUAGCAGCGGUGUGUAUUCAGGAUACGGUAGUGGCCUUGAGUCCUAUUGGGCGUGGCGUAAAAAUGGUUUCCAUGGAGCUGCGGGAGCUCCUCUUGGAAUUUACUCUGGCUACAUAACCGGAUCGAGUGGCAGCGGAGCAGGAAGUGGUUUGGCCGGAAGUGGACUAGCAGGAUUUGGUUUGGGUGCAGGCGGACUAGCUACCAGUGGAUUGGCUGGGAGUGGAUUAACCAGUGCUGGAUUAGCCGGAAGCGGACUUGCUAGCAGUGGCUUAGCUGGAAUUUACUCAUCGAAGCAAACAGUAGGCAGUGGAUCAUAUAAUCCAGCUUUGUCAGGAUCUGGAUCAGCGUUCUACACAUCAAAAUUAGGUACUUCACCCUCGAUCGGGGCUACCAUUUUCGGACUAUCGGGAUCUAAGCUCGGUAGUACCAAAUGGAAUCAAGUCGGGCUAUAUUCCCAACCCUACGCUGGUUCGCUUUCAAAACAAUCUAUGUAUAGCGCUAACAAGUGGACCCUUGGCAACGCUGGAGCAAAUUCAGGAAUUUACUAUGGUUACGGAAUGAAGUCCAAAUACCCGACAACAAUUAAUGCUAUAUACUCAGGAUCGGCUCAAAUAAGCCCCGCCAUACUUCCAAGUGGCAGUGCCGCUAAUUUAAAUACUAAUGCCCACAUGUCAUCCCUUUUCAAUAAAGGGGAAUGGCGUAACGGUGGAGUUUAUUCAGGAUAUGGAACUGAUUUAGAUAGUUACUGGAGAUGGCGUAAGAAUGGAUUUGUUGGACAGGGAUCUAAUUUGUAUGCAACUGGUAAAUGGAACCGUGGCGGUUACUACAAUGGCUAUGGAUCCGCAUCAGGAUUGGGAUCUGCAUCUGGUGCCUACACAUCAGGAGGUGUUGGCGGAGCUCUGCAGUUGCUAGCUAGUGGUGACAGUGGCCUAAAAUGGGGAGGAUCAUCGGGUUCAUCGUGGAGCAAUGAUGGAGGCAGCGGCUUUGCUAAAUGGAGUACCAUCACUGCUCCAACCAGUUGGUCUCAAAAAAGUUUUUCAACUUCAUGGAAGAGCCCCACUUAUUCUUACACCUACACUUGGUAAAAAAAAAAUCUAGUUUUGUAAGUUAUUAAUCUUUCUUUCUAAUAUGAAGUACUUUUUCUUUUGUAUUUAUGAAUUAUGGAAUUUAGAAGUUACUGUCGCUUAUUGUUGUAUCUUGAUUUCUUAAGAAUAAUAGAAGCUUGUUAGUUCCUGAAAAUUA